AGCUGCAGCAGAUAGGAGCAAGGGAUGAGGAAUGGAGGAAUUCAGCACAGAGGAAAUGCAGACCCAGGGGGAUUCAGCGAGUUUGUAAUCAGAGCCUGGAGGGUGGUCUGCCAGAGUUUUGCUCAAAUGUACACGGAUGGUGGAGUUAUCCAGUCGAGGUAACAGAACAUGCUUUACUACCUGGUAGCAUCGGGUUUGUAGCCUUCAGGAAAGAUUCCAAUCUUUAGAUCAGUGUCACCAGAUGUUACUGACACUUGUUGCCUGAGUCUGCGCUGGGAGGACACACACAUAGGACACAGCUCAGAGGAGGGCUGCUGACUCCUCCGUCCUCUGUCUGUCUCAUCGGACUGAAGCGGCUGCAGAGACGUGGACGAGAGUAGGCACAGGUAUGUUGGGUGUCCUCAUCCUUGUGUCCCUCCCCUCGCUGGGGGCCCUGGUACCUCCUCCGGGUGCUCCUCUGGUCCCCUGCAGGCACUGCUGUGAUCCCCUGGAGCCAGAAGAGGGCAGCGGAGCCCAGCCUCCCUCAGGAGGGUUCAGCCAUGUGCCAGAGGUCCGCACCUACAUCAACAUGACAAUCCUCAAAGGUGACAAAGGAGACCGUGGCGACAGAGGAACACCAGGUAAAGCUGGACAAGAAGGCCCCCCGGGCUCCAAAGGUCCCAUGGGCUCAAAAGGCACUAAGGGCCAGGCAGGUCUCCCAGGAGACCCCUGCAAAGUCCACUACUCCGCUUUCUCCGUCGGCCGCCGCAAAUCCCUCCACAGCCUGGAGUCCUACCAGGCGCUUGUGUUUGACACAGUGUUCGUCAACCUUGACGACCACUUUAACAUGUUCAAUGGGAAGUUCCUCUGCCGAGUCCCCGGGAUCUACUACUUCAAUGUCAACAUCCACACGUGGAACUUCAAAGAGACUUAUCUACACAUCAUGCACAACGACACAGAGCAAGCCAUUGUGUACGCCCAGCCCAGCGACCGCUCCAUCAUGCAGAGUCAAAGCGUGAUGCUGCAGCUGGAGCUGAAAGACGAGGUGUGGGUCCGCCUGUACAAGAGGGAGAGGGAGAACGCAGUUUACAGUGAUGAUGUAGAUGUCUAUAUCACUUUCAAUGGAUACCUCAUCAAAGGCAGCGUAGAGGGAAACUGAAUAAGAGAGGCAAGGCAAGGCCGAGGGUGAGCUCAGUUGGAUGAAAAGCAAACAAAUGCAACUGACAUGGCAGCAGAAUGCAGUUCACUCUAAAAAGUGCUCUUCUUUCUUUUAUAUUUAGAUUGAAUAAGGAGGUUUCAACAUGGUGCUGGAAUUGAACCUAGUUACCUAAAGAAUGAGCAAUACCUCUUUGAGAAAAUGUGAAGAAAUAGAACAUUGUCAGAAUUUUGAUUGCAGAUUCAUUCUCUUUAUAUUGCAUACAUAUCACAACAACAUGCAUGGUUUCAUUAAAAGGAAUAGUCCCAAAACAUUUUGGGAAAUGUGCUAAUUUGUUUUCUUAUUCUGACCUAGUGGUAUUGAUCUUCUCAUCUAACUUGCCAAUAAGUGUAUUUCUUAAAAUGUCAAACAUGAGCUGCUAAUGUUCUCUAGUCAAUCCCAAAUGUGUAAAACUGGAUGGAUUAAAUAUAAUAAUAGGAUUUUUAGAGAUUCAAAAAGACAUAAUCUGUUUACUUUCAGUGACUGAAGAUGCAAAUUGAAAGACGUCUGAUAUUGAGUAUUCUCUCUCUGUAAGGAAGAAACUAACUAGUAGCUUGUGUAGGCUAAUAGAACAUGGUAAGAAAACACUUGGCUUCAUUUGCAGUGUGGACUGUUAUGGAGUUUUGUAUGUGGUGCUAGUACAUGGUGCUAACUGAACUUUAGGUGUGUGCGGAUUUGAGUUUGGGAAGCUGCAGGAAACCCAAUUUUCUCGCCCAAUAACAUUUACCGUAUUGGAGUAACUUUGAUAUUUUGAUGACUUAGUUAUGUUUUACUUUUAAAGUGUACUUGAGAGUAUGUCAGAAGGUUCUUAUUACCCUCUUUCCCCUCCUUACUUUUUUAUUAGUGUCACGUAUAGCCAAAUAUAAAAUGCAACAUAAAGCAGUCAUAGGUAAUCUGACAAGUAAUUAUAAUAAACAAACUCAUGCCAGCUGUGACACAAUUACCUGCAAUUAAUACAGAUAUUAGCAUUGGUACUAACAUAAAAGCCAUUAUUGAUACAUCUGAGUAAUCAGUAUAAAUACGUGUUUAUGAUUGUACUACCAAGGUUAUCAUUAUUGGUGCUUCAAAAGAACAAUAAAUAGUAUAAAUAUGGCGUUACAAUUUCUAACUGGGACUACAACAUAACAAUUAACAGGUUAAAGGUCAUUCAUGUUUUAAUCCAAACAAGUUCAUAUACCCUCCUAUUUAAAUGUACAAGUGAUUUUUAUUAAUAUGACGGGCUUGAAGUUUAUUGUCACACCGUGACAGUUUGAAGAUGACUGCAGAGUCAACAGCCCAAACUGUCAAAAAAAAAACGUUAAGCCUGUCGUAUAAGAACAAAAAUCACUUGUACUUCAUGUUUCAUUCUAAUCGCUUCUAUUCAAUCUGACAUGUUUACGGUUUGUUUUUAACCAAAAACUAUUCCAAUUUUGCAUUACUCUUAAUUGUAGUAAUUAUAAUACUGUGUUUGUACAUUGUAGAUACUGAUAUUAAAGUUGUGUUUCAGCCACACAUUUAAUGCAGUUCCUCACUGUGACUCAGUAUUUGAAAUGCUCUCACUUUCUGGUCAAAACCUUUAAAAUAAAACAAGCUAAACAGA